AAAAACUCCUGCAUAUUGCCAGAGGAUUUAAAGAACUUCUAUCUGAUGACCGAUGGCUUCCAGAUGACCUGGAGUGUGAAGACUGAUGAUACACCGAUGCCCCUGGGCUCCAUGGUGAUUAAUAGUGUCUCAAAGCUAUGUCGGCUUGGGGGUUCCUCUAUGUACACUCUGCCCAAUGCACCAACUCUGGCUGACCUGGAAGAUGACACAGAUGAGGAAGGUAACGGAGACAAACCAGAGAAGCCACACUUUGAUUCUCGUAGUCUUAUCUUUGAAUUAGACCCGUGCAAUGGGAAUGGGAAAGUUUGUCUUGUUUAUAAGCACGCUAAACCAGUUGUCUCCCCAGACACAGAGAUAUGGUUUCUGGACAGAGCUCUGUAUUGGCACUUCCUCACCAAAACCUUCACAGCCUACUACCGCCUGCUCAUUACCCACCUGGGUCUCCCACAGUGGCAGUACGCCUUCACCAGCUAUGGGGUCAGCCCCCAGGCCAAGCAAUGGUUUAACAUGUAUAAACCCAUAACCAUCAACACAGCUCUCCUCUCUGAAGAAGCUGAUUCUUUUGUGAACAAGCUGGACCCCAGUAAGGUAUUUAAAGGCAAGAACAAAACUCCAGUGAUCAAAAAGAAACCACCCUCCCAGCCAGCAGGCUCCCAAAAGAGCCACACAGGUAUGACCUCCUCCAAGACAUCGUCACCAGCCGGGAAUUCUUCAAGGAAGUGAGACCCCCAGGUCUGACCCUGGACAGCAUUUGCAACAAGCUUUGAUGUUCUGUGAUGCAGAGUCUCUGGUUCAGACUGAGUUCCUUGUGCAUGGACAGAUGUGCCCAU